AUGGGAAUCUGCGGAUCAGUUAUGUCUCGGGAGAUUCAUGAUGCUGAGGAUGGCAAUGAAAAUGUGUUAUUCUUGCAAGGAAAUAAUGUUUCUAAUGGAGCUCUGGCCCUUUGUUCUCUUUACUCUAAGCAAGGGAGCAAAGGAUUAAACCAAGAUGCUGCCAUUCUUCACCAGGGCUAUGGAGUGGAAGAUGGAGCUUUAUGUGGAGUUUUUGAUGGGCAUGGGAAGAAUGGUCAUGUAGUGAGCAAGCUAGUAUGCAACCACCUGCCUUCACUCUUAUUAACCCCAAAGAGCUCUCUCUCAAAGAUUAAUGCAGCAGUAGCAGAUGAUGAUAGUUUGCAAAAUCAUAUGGAUGGAAUAGAUGAUGAAUCAAUGUCAAGCAAGAGCUUUCAUAUAUGGAAAGAGGCUUGUAUCAGUGCCUUUAAGGUGAUGGACAAGGAGAUAAAGCUGCAAGAGAAUUUGGACUGCUCUUGUAGUGGAACCACUGCAGUAGUUGCUAUAAGACAGGGUGAAGAUCUUGUUAUAGCUAAUCUUGGGGAUUCAAGGGCAGUCUUAGGAAUGAUGACCAAGAAUGGAGUCACGGCCUUUCAGUUAACCAGAGACUUAAAGCCAGGCUUACCUUGUGAAGCAGAAAGAAUAAAGAACUGCAAUGGCCGGGUGGCCGCACUGAAACAAGAACCACACAUCCAACGAGUGUGGCAGCCCCAUGAUGACACUCCGGGCCUAGCCAUGUCACGAGCCUUUGGAGAUUUUGUACUCAAAGACCAUGGCAUCAUUGCCAUCCCUGAGGUCUACUAUCACCGCCUAACUUCAGAUGAUCAAUUCAUCAUCCUUGCAACUGAUGGGGUCUGGGAUGUUCUCAAUAAUGACCAAGUUGCAGCCAUUGUGUGGGCUGCAGAGAGUGAACAGGCAGCAGCAAAAGUUGUGGAGGCAGCUACCACAGCAUGGAGGAAGAAGUACCCUACUGCAAAAGUAGAUGACUGCAGUGUGGUUUGCCUCUUUUUGCAAAAGAAGUAACACUCGUGCCAGUGGACAAAUCCUCUCUAAUGCUUCCUGUAUCUGCAAUGACCUUUUGGCGAUUUUUUUUUAAGUUUAACCCUUUCCGAGAUUUCAAAGCCACCAAUAUGUGCAAUCACUAGUUAAGAAAACAAUAUGAGUUGAAAAGGAAUACCCAUAACAAUUGCUUUCGACAAUAAAACUGCUGGUGCAUCAUCAGCUUAUUGGUUAAGCACCAAAAAGUAAUUGAAUAAUGCAAGAAUUAUCAACACUCUGCCGACCUCCAUCAAACGGGAAAAUUAAUUGUUGCCUCCAAGGAACACCGCCCAUCCCCACUGAAAUGCAUUGAACAUUUUGUUCCAACAAUCAAGCUGCAUCAUCCUUGGUAUCUUGUCCUAGAAGGUCAUCAUCAUAUGAGACAGGUAUCCUUCACCUAUCAUGAACAGGCACUUGUUUAAUUCCAGUAUUCGAUUACUCAUGUUGAUUCUGCACAUUGGAUAUGAGCUGCGAACCAUCGGACAAACUGACUGCAUUCCCAUUCAUAAAUGCAUUGGCAGCUCCUUGU